GCCGAGAAUACCAUCGAAAAGGGAACAAAAAAACAUAAAUAAAUAAAGUGCCCUUAUUUUGUUUUAAUUUAUCCUUCAUCUUUACAUUUCCUUUCCCCCCCCUGUGUUUAUCCCUUUUUUCUUUAUGUAAAUUUUUUCCCCCUUGGCCAUAAUACUGCGUAGCAGCACAGGGAGAAAAAAAAAAAAAAAGAUUCACACGCAAAACUCAUUUAGAAAUAGAACAACGAGGAGGAGACCACCUUUGAGGCGAUUUUAGCAGAAGAAACGGUUUUACAGAAAAUGAAGAGAAGGUAACGGCCAAGUUCGCUUCAACAUCGAGAGACGUGUACCUAUAUGCCCGUCGAAAAUAAUGCCGACUGAAAGUUGAAACACCGUACCCGGAACGAACCUGUACGUAAAGAUAAUUAUCCCCUUUUUGAUUGUCCAAACGGACGUAUGCCCAGUGUACACAAAAAAAAGGAAAGAACCUUCUCGCAUGCCCGAGUGAACAGGCACACUGAUAGAUUUUCUCCAUCAUUUGGGAAGAGUUAAACUGUCGAGAGGCGCUUCUCGUCGAAGCUUUUUUUACUGAAAAAUGAAGACCGAAACGACGGUGGAGGAAAACAGGGACAAUCCCGAGGAUGGUCCUUUGGGACUCCUGUCCGAGUGCGUCAAGGACAACGCACAAGUUUUAAUUAACUGCCGCAAUAAUAGGAAACUUCUGGCGCGGGUUAAAGCUUUUGAUAGACACUGUAAUUUGUUGCUGACCGAGGUUCGAGAAAUUUGGGUGGAGGUGGUGAAGGACAAAAAGAAGAAAAAAAAAAUUAACAAGGACAGAUACAUCAGCAUACUCUUUUUAAGGGGAGACUCCGUUAUUUUAAUUUUGAGAAAUCCAAAGUGAAGCUUAUGAAGGAAGAGCAAGUUAGCAACUGUGAGGUGACGCAAAGGUGGACGAGC